AGACCGAGAGCUCAUCAGAGGAAAAAUGGGACACAAAUGACAAGGCUGAGCGCACUGACAGCAUUUCAGCGUUAUUUCCCUCUACUUUAGACACCACUCAGGAUAUAUGGUGCAGUGGGUAGGCUAUUUUUUCCUGCGCUUACCCGUAAACCCGCACACUUCGGAUGAUCUUGAUGGGCCCGCGGUGAUCUCCAGUCUGUAAUUUUGCUCCAGAAAUGCUGUUUCUUCAACAGUUACCCUGUCGUCUGGAGCUGUUGGCCACAUGUGGAUUGUUGCCCCGUGGAACAGAUCAGCUACAUUUAAUCUCACGGAUGGUGAUGUAAUUAUUCCCAUUAAUUUGGAUACAUUGGAUUUUCCGGGAUCAUAUCCAAACACCGAGGUGACUGGGACGUUGGAGAAAGAAAACAUACAUAUAUAUAUAUAUAUAUAUAUAUAUAUAUCACACACACCCCACACACUGGGCUGGGAAUAAGUCCAGACAAUGCUUCAGUGUUCCAGCUGUGAAAAGCCUAUUCUUGAUAGGUUCCUGCUCAAAGUUUUGGACAGACCGUGGCACAUAAAAUGUGUCCAGUGCUGCGAAUGCAAAUGCACUUUGACAGAGAAGUGUUUUUCACGAGAGGGGAGACUGUAUUGUAAGAAUGACUUCUUUAGGACAUUUGGGACCAAGUGUGACGGUUGCGCCCAGGGGAUUUUACCCAGUGAUCUUGUCCGCAGGGCCAAGAGCAAAGUGUUUCACCUGAACUGUUUCACCUGCGUGAUGUGCAACAAACAGCUGUCCACAGGAGAGGAACUGUACAUCCUGGACGAAUUCAAGUUUGUUUGUAAGGAGGACUAUCAAAACAACAAUGGGAAAGACACAAUCCUCCUUUCAGUCACGACGUGCAGCGACCCGAGUUUGUCUCCAGACUCCCAGGACCCGCAGGACGACGGGAAGGACUCAGAAACGGGACAUUUAUCCGAUAAAGACAACAGCAACGAGAACGACGAGCAGAGCGCCGUCGGGAAACGACGCGGGCCUCGGACCACCAUAAAAGCCAAGCAGCUGGAGACCCUGAAAGCUGCUUUCGCGGCCACGCCGAAACCCACGAGGCACAUCAGGGAGCAGCUGUCACGAGAGACCGGCCUCACCAUGAGAGUCAUCCAGGUUUGGUUCCAAAAUCGGAGGUCCAAAGAGAGACGCAUGAAGCAGCUGAGCGCUCUGAGCGGCCGGAGACACGUGUUCUUCCGCGGCCAGAGGAGGAUGAGGGCGCUGGGAGAGAGACUGGAGGCAGAGGAGCUUGGACACUUCUCUUAUUAUGGAGAUUAUCCUGCUGAAUACUACGGCUCAGGAGGGAAUUAUGAGUACUACCAAGGCCCACCAUCAUCCCAGGCUCAGACUCCAGCAGACUUGGGCUUUGUGCCCUCCUCUGUUCCUGCUGGCACCCCAUUAGGAGCAAUAGACCACCACCACCCAGGGCACCACUGUCCUGGAGAGGUGCACUGUUUCUCUGACACAGUAUCUCACCAUCCUGCGGACUCACCCAGUCCUGAGCCCACUAUGCUGGGCUCAAUGCACAGCAUCUCCAGUGAGAUGUGUGGCCCCAGCACACCCUACACGACUGUGUCUCUCAAUGACAAUGGAUACACCAACCAGCUGUCACAACCCUCGUCAGAAAUAAGCGAAGGCACUGUCUGGUGAUCCAGUCGACUCCAAACCACAAGGCACACCUGGAUAUUUGAAGGCAAAUCAAUUGCUUUUCAUUUGAUGUUCAUUUAUUUAAAUGCAAUUUUAUUUAUUUAUUUGUCUAUUUAUUUAUUUGCUUGCAUUUCUGUUAAGCUCUAUUUAACUAUUUAUAAAUCUCUAUAUUUGUAUGUUGGUAUAAUUGUUUAUUGACUAGCCAAUCAAUAGAUUGUUUUCAUGUGAAUUUGACCCAUUAACACACUCACAAUGCUGGGCCUCAUUGAUCAAGCAAUAAACAAACACAUUUAUAUGCUGCAGAAAGUGUUUUUUUACAGUUUGCAAAACCUUUUCUGCCACAUAUCGAGCAUUAUUGUCCUUAAAAUCAUGUUAAUGUGAAGGUGCAUGACAGAUUUUUUUUUUAUAUUACCUUUCACUGUUUCAGUGACAAACAGCACUCCAUCCACGAGUUCAUGUGUAAUACGAUAUUUUAUCAUUUAAAAGCAGAAUAUGAUUGUGAUGUUCAAUACAUUGGACCAAAUACCUCUCUCAGGACGGUGGAAACAUUGUUUUUAUUUGCCUUUAUUUGUCAGCCAUUUCCUUUUUAAUUAUUUUACUACCAACACAUGUUUGCCUUCAGAGGGAUAUCUUUAUAAAUCUGAAAAUUUUAUAUGUAACAGAAUUUGACUUUAACAUGACAUGAAUCCAGCGUUAUAUAUAGAAUAAUGGACAGUACAGAAGAGUCAACUGUUUACCUAAAGCUCCAGUAUUCAGGGGUUUGAAUAUCAGCAUUGUAUAAAAUCGAUGGACAGACCAUUCAAUGCAAACAAACCAAACUUUUGUAGCUGUUUAUGUGGUCGCUCACUGUGCUAGUUUGUACUAUGUCCUCAUUAAAAACACAGAAACUACUAAUAAACCGUUGCCAAAUGAAUGCACAGCAAAACCCUGCAGCUCCAGGUGUGACACAGACUUUUUUUUUUAAGUGUUCUCCUUUUCUAAUUAUCUGAGCAUGUUCAUAGUAAAAACAGUCAUUUGCUGCUCAGUUAGUCGAUCAGCCGAGACUCAGACUGGUUUUGUCUUAAUGGAUCAAAAUGUCAAAUUAUUCACAUUGAUGGUCUCAUACACUGCCAGCAGCAGCAAUGUUUUUUAUGAGACAUACUUGAUUGUUCCAAUUAAGUUUAUGAGACCGGUGUUUACGACCAUUCACUGUAUAAUAAAACACAUACUGAUCUCU